AUGUGGCUCACUGGAAGAGGACAUUUUCCGAGUGUCCGAAGAAGAGAAUCCACGCGAGAAGGAGCUCUCACUAGAGAUCGACUCCUGGAAGGAGAAAGCUGCAGCAGGAGAGCGACUGCCAUGGCACGGACUUCGAGUUGUGGCUGCACUGACUACAACACCCCGACGUAUUUCGCAAAUCGAACCAGCCUUGGACAGCCUGCUAGCUCAAACAUGGCCCUUGGAUUUGGUCUACCUUUUCGUGCCGCAGGUUUUCAAGCGAGAGAACACUACGUACAUGAUGCCUUCAUGGCUUCUGUCGAAGCUUGCCGACCCGCGUCUGCGCUUGAUCCGCUGCGAGGACUGGGGGCCAGCAACUCACAUGAUGGAGGUGCUCCAAGCCGAGCGAGAUCCAGAGACUGCCAUUCUUCAGGUGGACGACGAUCAAAGCUACGGCCCGCAUCUGCUGGAGACGCUGCUCCACGUGUCUGGACCGGCACCCGGUCGUGCUGUUGGCGCUGCCACGCAGCAUGCGCACUUACACCUCAGCGGCGUCGUCUUGGAAGGCAAGCUCCCGACCACCUUGGCAUUGGUGAGCCCAGAGUGCUGGUGUUGUGGCCAGCUUACUUUGGGAGACAGUGGUAUAGGUACUGUAGUGCUUCUACAUGUAGUAGUUCUCGCAGACCUCCUUUAUCUUACUGCAUGCUGCAGACCAGAGAUGUAGCAACGCAUGCACCAGACUUGGGGAAGGUGUCCAUGGCGCGCUGUUUCGACGCAAGUUCUUCGACGAAAGCGUCUUUGACUACACUGGCUUCUCGAAGCAUUGUCAGGCAGUGUCGUGGAGCCGCCCACUUUCAUGUCAUUUGA